CACCAUUCCACACGCUAACAAAUAAACUAAUCGUUUUUAAGUAGCGGGUGCGUGAGUAGGUCUCACAAGCACCUCCGCCCAAAGCAUGUGAGGGGAAAAGUGUUUUUUGGUGAAACUUUCCAGGGUUUAGAGCAGCAAGCUAACAUUCUCGUUAGGUGGUGCUUCGCUGCGAUCUCUCCUGCAACUAAUCUCCCUCCCCCCUACCCUAGAUGCAGCCAAGUUGACAGGAUAAGCACUCUGCCUGUUAAACAUUCUUGUAUCGGUGAAAUUUUUGUCGAAGGUGGGAAAACGGAUUAAAAGAAAAUGUUUAAGAAGAGCAAAGGCAAAGUGUUGGUAGAGUACGCAUCGGAGGAGGACGACGUGUCGUGGCAUCACCAGCACACUUACAAGGAUAAAGGUCCAGAUGGCGAGGAGGAAAUCGCAAGUUCUGCGUCAAAGGACUUCAAAGUUAAAAAAAUCAAGUCCAAGAAGGAGAAGCGGGACAAGAAGCUCUUUUUCGCUCCAGAUGAUGAGCACUUCCUCCUGACAGGUGUGGCUGCAGCCGAGGGAAAAGGGUCCAGCAAAAAGACCAAAGAGGAGGACAAGAGCAAUAUAUUCAUAGAAAAGGGCCAGUGUUUCUGGGACAGCGUCACCAUGACGAUGAAGCAGAUCACGCCCACCAAGAAGAUGGACAAGAUCGAGGGGUGGGAGCCGCCUCGCAUCAGUGAGGCGACGGAGGAGGCGGAGGAUUGCAUGGCCAGAGACUCCUUGGUCCAGCCAGACGAGUGCCCCUCCUGGACAGGCCUGGAGGAGGACUCCUCCAAGUACACCAAUCUGUCGAAGUCGCACGAGCCGGGGAUCCGGUGGACCACCAAGGCCAAGGGUAAACUGGCUGGCAUAAGGAGGCGGAGUCGGGGGAGUGUCUCGGAAUCCUGGGAGGGGCUUAAGUAAUCACAGCCUUUAUAAUUCAGCCAUGAGAAUGCCAAUGCCUGUCUGACUCUGUGCUGCUGUUUUGGACCGUUUCAUAAUGUUGUUACAGUGAUAUACAUGUGAAUUCUGUUAAUACCCCCAUGCUGCGCAGACAUCAUUGUAGAGAAAGCACCCAGGGCUGCUCUCAGGAAAAAAAAAUCUGUAGCUUACCUUAAAAUGAUCACAUUAUUUGCACAUUAUAAGUCAAAUUUUAUCAACUUUAGUCAACUUUUCUGGAGAAAAGUCAAUAAACAUUUGAAAAUAAACCACAAAAAUGUAUAUAUAUGUGUGCCAAGUAUACACAAAAUCAGUGACUCAAAAGUGGACCCAUAAUUAAAAUGUCCAAUCAAACAAGUUUGGUGCCUUUCGUUUUUUAAAACCAGAUUCAUUCAUUCCACAUAGGACCGUACCGUGCGUGUCUGUAUGUUAGGGGGUAUUGACUGGGUUCAUCUGUAUCUCUGGCCUUGAGAUGAGUGGCAGAUUCCAUUUGUGAAAAACAGAAAAUGAAACAUAAAGACCCCCCC